AUGGCUAGGAGAUUGAUCGGAAGAGUCACGGUUCCUGCCUCCAGCCAAAAUUUUAGGAGAGCGAUAGCAGGGAAUAACCAUGUUUGUCCACUUUGCUUUACUGGCGCGUCCCCAGCUUCCGCUUCCACUACCAGGAGCGCUGACUGCAGGUCAGUCAGGCAAUCGCCGACCUCAUACACGACAUUGAAACGGGCAUAUCCCAAUAUGGCUGCGAAUGGCUCCAAAAAUGUAUACACCCGCCGGCUAGUGGCCGAAGCCAGUGCUAAAGCAUGCUGGAUCUGCUUCAAACCCAGCAGCACUGUGCUCAUCAACGAAGAUCAAGACUUCUUCUACAUAUGCCCUGGUCAUUUGACGGAUCCCAAGUUCGCGACUGCGAAAGAUGCUGAAGAUCUGGCCAAGAAAAAGAAGGACGAGGAGAUUGAGAAGGAAAUCGAGGCCGUGAAGAAGGAAUUCGCGGAGAAGAUGCGCAAAAAGAUGGACCGACGACGGCAGAAAGAAUUUGAGAAGGCCGGCAAGAAGCCGGAAGAUGAGAAGAAGAAAGAUGAGGAGGAAGAGAGGAAGCUGGAGAAAGAGCAAGACGAAAGGCUGAAGGAGCUGGAAAAGAAGAAAGACGCUGAGAAGGCAAAGGUCGAAGGCCCGAGGAUCUUUGAGCUUCACAAGAGCUUCUAUCAGAUGCGACAGCAGCGGAAGGCACAGGCUGCGGCCGCGAAGAGACAGCAAGAACGCAUGAGGCAGCCGAACCUGUUUCCCAGCCGAUCAAACUGCCUCGGCUAUACACCGAGCAUACACUACAAUCUCAUUGCGCUCUGA